AUGUCAAAGAGGUGUUGCUCACCAGAAUUCCAUUCCAUGAACAGGUGUCUGUGGCACACUACCCUGGUCCUGCUGCUGGGGCUCCAUGUGUGCUUAUCUCACGACACCAACACCAUCGUGCUCAAUUCUUGUGAACGCUGCGCCAGCAAUGUGGAGUAUGAAGUCUCGGCAGACGUGGACUACCUGAUCACUGUCAGUCCCACUCCAGGGCCACCCUGUCACUGGGAAUGUAAAGCCAGGGUGUACUCUGGCAAAAACAGUAGCUGGCUGUGUCUGUCUCAGGUGGGGAUUGUCAGUCAGAUCAACGACAGCAACGGAGAGCUCUCAGUUUAUGACAGUCGCAGGAAGGAUAAUGCCAUCUUUCAUUUAAAGUAUUACCUCAGUACGUGGCAUCACAGAGAGGACUGUAGACAAACAGAGUUUUUAGACUUCUAUUUGAGGAAAGUUAAAUCUAAAGCAAAGUUAGAUUUUAAAAAGUUACGUAUAAAUUUCAGAGUGGUAGAUAUUGAAAGUACAAAUAGGGUAGUGUAUCUGGAUGGUACGUAUUGCACCACAGCGUACAAAUUGUUUAAUAGUAAAAUCAGCAUAUAUAACCAGCCAGAUGAAACAGAGGCUAUAACAUACGAGCAUACGUUAUAUUCUUUAUGUGGAGUCCCGGUUGAGAUUGUGGAUACUCCUGAAACUCAACACAAAAGAAUAUGUUUCUAUUACAUGCCGUCUGAUCAGGUCAACUGCAGCAGCAACUGGAGCUUUUCUGUGUCAGUAGGUGGCUAUACAACUUCACCAGCCAACAUGAUCUACACAUUAAACUGUGCCCAGAACAGAUCACGGGAAACUCACGCAUGGUGUGCUGAUGUCGGUAUCCGCAAGGUCACGGUCAUCUUCCAGCGAAACAGUAAUGUUCCAAAGUCGGUUGAGCAGCCACGCAUGUUUCGGUUUCUCGUUCUGGAUCACAACGGAACUGCGGAAAGUUUGAUGGCAGAGAAGACAACUGCGGUGAAAGAAUUACUUAUACCUCCUGAAGAAGAAGCAGUUGUAAAUAAUAACAACAUUAUGAUUAUAUGUAUUUUGGUGAGCAUUGCGGUUGUUGUCCUAGUCAUUGUAGCGGUGGUUCUGUACAGCCGGCGGCGCUGUUUGUCUCUGUUGCUGUAUGGACCAGUUCACAACCCUGCAAAUCCCACUGCCUGCUGA